GAUUAAUAGGAAAUUUGAAUGAAAUUUAUAGAGAAAUACAGAGUUUACGCAAGCAUAUCCUUCGCUGUGCUGCUGCUGGGCAUCGGAGUUCCUCUUUGGUGGCACACCACCGCUGUGCAGCGUGUUCCACUUCCCUAUGCUGGAAUCGAUGGACUCUCUGAUCUGGAUGUCAAAAUUGAAACGAAAAUUGUUAUCGCAGCCCUUUCUCGAGACAGAGCCAAAAUGUUGGCUCGCGACAUAACGGAAGCCUUCGAGAAUGCCGACAUUUAUCGAGUGGAAGUUCUAUACCAUGUGAUAUCCACCAGCUUAGUGGCAUCAGCGUUCACGCAUCGCGAAUUGGAAAAGAUAGCAGCGACUAGUUUCGAUCUUGACGUCGGUGAACUUUUACUCUUGGAAACGAACAACUUGAACGACGCGGUUCUCGUCGGUUCGAAACGAGCACUCUACUUUUCCACGGAAACGACCGGAUCGACCUUGAUUCAAGUGUUGUCCGAAUGGAUGUUGCGCGAAAAAUCGUUAUCCCUGACAAAGAACGCGCUCGCCGAGCCAACUUUGUACAGUUUGGACGAGGAAAAUAGAAGGAGAUUUCCAGCUAGUCCAGCUUAUGACGUACUGAUCACAAUGGUGAAUCCUAAUCCAGAAAAAUUGAAGGUCGUCUGGGAUCUACGCACGAUGACCGAGGAAUACGUUGAACCUUUUCUCGACGAGGUUUCUAUUUCGAGCAAUUUUUCGGUGAAAUCGCAGUGGCUGUACUUGCUUCCGUUGGAAGUGAGUCCGAAACGCGUGCCCGAUAGUAGUGUGCUAGGUAGGCACUUUGCUCUACCGGAGGACGUAUUGCCGCAGCUGAUCACACCUUUGGAAAAGAAAUUAGCGUCGCAGGUCAGUCUUCAUCCGACUAUCAAUUUCGUAAUCUAUGCUGUUCCAUGCGAUAAUGGUCCUCUGCAUAUUUACACGCGUUCUGGCCACAGGUCGAAAAGCAACGCCAAUGUUGAAGCAUUUUUGUCGCCAAGGUGGGGUGGUGUAGUGUUGAUCAAUCCAUCUUUGGAGAGUUGCGCUGCCGCAAAACCCAACGAACCGGUCACCAUGAUCCCUGAGGAGGCUACCGUCGUUGGCACAUUCCUCGCACAACUAAAGCUUCUUCUGGGUAUUCCUGAGCCGAAAUUUUUACACGGCGUUACCACAGUCCCUUCGGUAGGAUUGAAAUUGCGUGACUGGGAAGUCGACGCUUUACUACGUGUUCGCACGAUCGAGCAGCUAACUUCGGCUAAGUUAACACUACAAUCACUCGCUCGACUUCUCAAAGAAAUUGGAAACAUCGUGAUCACAGAUGUUGUAGGGGAUAGAAUAAAAGCUGCCUUACGUUUGGUUGAAGAUUCGGCCGAACGACUGGCUGACGGAGAUCUCAGGCAAGGCUUCUUGCUGAGCAAGGCAGCAUUUGUUGCCGCGGAAGCUGCAUUCUCGGAUCCGACGCUUUUAGCUUUACUAUAUUUUCCCGAAGACCAAAAGUAUGCCGUGUAUAUACCUCUUUUCCUACCAGCUAUGAUACCAGUAUUACUUUCCUUAAAGAAUAUAUAUAAACAUUAUCGGAAGGCCAUCGCGUGAAGACUGUCGAUCCAGGACACAACGAACAAGAAUAAGAACUACGGUAAAUGCCAUACCGGCGUGCAACAACGAGAUACGAGGUCUGCGUUGUAUUACUUCAUCCUUUAAAUGGAGGAAUUCGAGUGAGUGCAUUUUGAAGGUCGGGAAGUAUUUCUCGAAAUCUGGCACGCUCGUUUCUCUCGUACUACAUAUUCGAGUCUUGCGCGUUCCCUUGCACGGUGAGUGACAUUGUAUAUUUAAUGAAUAGCGAAACAAACGAUAGAAAUAAAAACAAUAAUAUUUUUUAUUGUACAAAGAAAAUGGUUGCGAAAUUAUUAAAAGAAAGAAAGGAAAAA